GCGGUUAAAUGGGAACAGAUGAUUUAAAAAGAAUUUCGAAAAACGCUUUGUUAAAUUAUUUGUUUCCGUCUAGGGCGACUUAUUUAGAGAGUCUUAUCAAUUGUAUAAUAAAAUGUGAUGUACAUGGAAAGCAUACAUCUUCAUUCAUCAGAUGUUUAUCGGGAUGAAGAAAAGAACUGGGAAUGAAAGAUCGUGUAAUUGUACGUUGAAAGAUAAUGGUUUUAAACCUGAUUUACCAUUUGCCCAUCGGGUAAGUAAAUGGAAUCUCAUACACUUACAAUGUAACUACGUGAAAAUAUAAUGUGGCGUCCGUGGAACGAAUGGUGAGCGAAAGCUACGCGAAUGAACCAACUCCGUGGUACAUACGAAAUUACCCCGCGAUGAGCUUGAAGCGCACUCGUGACGCGCCCGCGGUGACCACGAAAAGCGUUCGAUUUGACCACGAAAUUCGGGCGGCAUGCCGACGACAUGGCAUGGUGUAAGGCUAGUAAUUAGAUGUACGGUACAUUAUCGAAUUCAUACUGGAGAAAAAGACUUCAUAUGUGAUGUUUGUUCUAAACUUUUUACUCAAAAGUCAAAUCUUAAGAAACAUUAUAAAAUUCAUACUGGAGAAAAAGACUUCAAAUGUGGUGUUUGUUCUAAAACAUUUGCACGAAAGUGUGAUCUUACAAAACACUUAAUAAUUCAUACUGGAGAAAAGAACUUCAAGUGUGGUGUUUGUUCUAAAACAUUUGCACGAAAGUGUGAUCUUACAAAACACUUUAUAAUUCAUACUGGAGAAAAGAACUUCAAGUGUGGUGUUUGUUCUAAACCAUUUAGGCAAAAGUCUAAUCUUAACAAACAUUAUAGAAUUCAUACUGGAGAAAAGAACUUCAAAUGUGAUGUUUGUUCUAAAACAUUUGGGAACAAAUCUAAUCUUAAUGAACAUUAUAAAAUUCAUACUGGAGAAAAGAACUUCAAAUGUGGUGUUUGUUCUAAAACAUUUGCACGAAAGUGUGAUCUUACAAAACACUUUAUAAUUCAUACUGGAGAAAAGAACUUCAAGUGUGGUGUUUGUUCUAAAACAUUUGCACGAAAGUGUGAUCUUACAAAACACUUUAUAAUUCAUACUGGAGAAAAGAACUUCAAGUGUGGUGUUUGUUCUAAACCAUUUAGGCAAAAGUCUAAUCUUAACAAACAUUAUAGAAUUCAUACUGGAGAAAAGAACUUCAAAUGUGAUGUUUGUUCUAAAACAUUUGGGAACAAAUCUAAUCUUAAUGAACAUUAUAAAAUCCAUACUGGGGAAAAGAACUUCAAAUGUGAUGUUUGUUCCAAAACAUUUUCACAAAAAUCUCAUCUAAAUCAACAUCAUAAACUCCAUACUAAAGAAAGUGACAAUAAAAUAUAAUUGACACAUAGUUAGGCAUCAUGAUAUAUCACAUUUCAGUCUCGCAGAAUUCAUAGUUUCAAGUUGCUUGUUCUGUUCACCCAGCUAGCAUAUAACUACUAUUUUCAAUGUCCACUUUCAGAACAGCCAUCUAGAAACUUGAUGAAGACUGUGUAGCAGUUUUGUUAAUAUUGUUUAAUUAUGUAAAUAAAGUAUACUAGGAAAAUGGUCUUUUGCUAUAAUCAAAAGGUAAUUUUGUUAUAUUUUACUUGUAAACAUGUAAAGCAUGAAGUAUUGUAUCUUGCCUGCUAUGAUAUCAAUUUUUCUGAAUGAGUGGUGUUUCCCGCUAAAUCAUAUGUGUACAAUACACGCUGUAUCCAUCCGGUCCCGCUGCUGAUUUCAAAAUUUUUAAAAUUUUUUUUUCA